AAACAGCAACAAUAGAUGAAACGUCAUCGGGGAAAACGAGAAACGUCAGAUCGCGUCAAGAUGUAAACAAAACGCAGUGCAACACGAUCGUCCAGAAAGAUUUAAAUUACUAUUUUAACACAUUUUAUAAGCAGUGUACUGUACAAUUUCACUGCUUAGUCAAGUUCGGCCAGGUCUUUAUAUGCUCCAGUACAACUUCAGCAACAACCCACCACAAAAUGGUUCAUUGAACAUUCGUAGCACUCGAAGCCUGUAGUUACAUUGCGCUCAGCGUUUCCAUCAAAUGGAUGUUAUCUACCUAGUACAACAAAACCACCUUUUGUGAUCCGGUUCCAACGCCCGCCUAUGUGUUAACGCUUCCGUUCCGUUGACUGCAUUCAAGGAUCCCACCCUUUUGCGAGACAUCCGUUCACGUUCAUGGCAUUAAGCGUUAAAGUGAAACCAACAAAGAGUCGAUCCACGUUCGGGAGAGACCCCACCAUAUACGAUUAUGCGAAUAGUUCCAAAUGUUCUAACCGACCGUCGAAGAUCAGUUCCAAAAUUUCCCUAGCCGAAAUCGAGCUAGAAACGGAAGCGCUGGGUGAAGAUCCCGAACAAAUCGGUGCAGCCGGAUGGUCCGGAAAGGAAGAUUCCACGCCACCUGCGGUAGUCGCCACCUACAACGACUAUCACAUCGACCUAUGGUUCCUUGUGUCGGAAUUUAUUCGCCCAGAAGACGUAUGCCGAUUUGCGCUCAUUUGUCGCAAAACGGCAGAGGUCGUGCAGAGUGGCCGAUUCUGGACGCAGCUGUACCGAUCUUACUAUGACCGUUCCGUCGAGAUGCCGCCACGCUUUCAACCGGCCAGCAUGGUACGGCUGCGUGGGCUACGAUCGGCCGUCAUACGUUCACUGUACUAUCUGUAUCCUCCGUUUGUGGAGCGCCUGACGAUGGUGUCGAACCGGCAUCAGUACCGCGUGAUCGGACGACAGCUACUAACGUCGUGGCACAAGCGUACCAAGAACUGCUGGACGUACUGUUUCCGGUUAAAAACAUCCUUUAAGCCAGGCAGCCGGCCGGCCCGGUCGGCACAACUACAGCGGGAGAAAAGCUCUCUCGCAUUUAUGCAGGAUAUCUACAUGAAUCCGGAGGAGGGUUGCCAGAUCCUGAUGAUAACGACCGACUUUCUCAAAGUGAUACCGAUGUACAACGAGACGCUGUUUGUGAAAAACAUUGUGCAAACACUUUCCCAGAGCAUGAUGCGGUACAAGAUUAGCCUGGAGCUGGCCAACUACUGUGGAAAGCGGGUGGACGAGCUUGUGUUCGAUCCGGUGCGUAACGUGAGCGUGUUGGAUUGGUGGACACCGGAAUAUUACACCGAAAUCGGCAGCCCGCUCGAGGAAGAAUCGUCGGCAGCCGAAUCCGAAUGGACCGACGACUCGGACUGGGACAAUUAGAGUGGGGGUCGUCACACCCGCCCCCCCGUUACGCUUGUCUAUUUGCUGUGGUUAUAGUUUAAUCUGAUUCGGUUCGGAAUAUAUACAGGAGUGUGUGACCUUUGCACCACGGUCACAUGUGACCUAUUCGUAAAAGCA